GCAUUACACAUUCCUCCGCGCGCCGGAAGCGCGCCUUCCACCUUGCGGGAGAGCUUCUCCCUCGCCUUUCCUCCAGGAGAGGUCGUGGAGCCUUCAGAGGCCACGCAGCCGGUGGACGGAGGGCGCAGGACUUUGUCGUGGAAGUCGAGGAAAGGCCACGCCGCGCUGUCCUGAAAGGGAGCAAGGAGAAAGGGCCGGACUAGAAGUCGCGGCGGCGGGAUUCUGAUUCCUGCGGCGCGGACGGAUUUGGCAGUACGUUGACUUCCGGAAGCGUCCUGGCCCUGAGAGGAAAAGCCCUGAAGGAAACAAUAACAAACGGCCGGAGGAAGCGCUUCUGGGCGUUCUGUGAGGCACGGGUCUCUCCGGAGAAGAUGCUCUGCGGCCCCUGUGAGGGGACGUGAGAGGGCUUGGCGGCCGUCACCCCGCCUCCCCCGCUUGUGCACCUCAGGGGCCCCUGACUGCGGCCAUGGCGGGCGUGGGCCCGGGGGGCUACGCGGCGGAGUUCGUGCCGCCACCCGAGUGCCCGGUCUUCGAGCCCAGCUGGGAGGAGUUCUCAGACCCUCUCAGUUUUAUCGGCCGCAUCCGGCCUUUGGCUGAGAAAACUGGCAUCUGCAAAAUCCGUCCCCCCAAGGAUUGGCAACCUCCAUUUGCAUGUGAAGUAAAAACUUUCCGAUUCACUCCCAGAGUGCAGCGCCUGAAUGAACUUGAGGCAAUGACUAGAGUGAGAUUGGACUUCUUGGAUCAACUGGCAAAGUUUUGGGAGCUUCAAGGAUCUACAUUGAAGAUUCCUGUGGUGGAGAGAAAAAUCCUGGAUUUGUAUGCUUUAAGCAAGAUUGUUGCCAGCAAAGGAGGUUUUGAAAUAGUCACCAAAGAGAAGAAAUGGUCUAAAGUAGGUAGCCGCUUGGGAUAUCUGCCAGGAAAAGGAACUGGUUCUCUUUUGAAGUCACACUAUGAAAGAAUUCUCUACCCAUAUGAGCUUUUCCAGUCUGGUGUCAGCCUUAUGGGUGUACAAAUGCCUGACUUAGAUAUUAAAGAAAAAGUUGAGGCUGAGGUUCUCAGCACUGAUAUCCAGCCUUUACCAGACAGGGGAACAAGAAUGAAUAUCCCGCCAAAGAGAACAAGACGUGUCAAGUCUCAGUCAGACUCUGGAGAAGUAAACAGGAACACGGAACUAAAGAAACUUCAGAUUUUUGGAGCUGGACCCAAAGUUGUGGGCCUGGCAGUAGGAGCAAAGCAUAAAGAAGAUGAGGUCACCCGAAGACGAAAAGUUACCAACAAGUCAGACGCAUUUAACAUGCAAAUGAGACAACGGAAAGGAACUCUCUCUGUUAACUUUGUUGAUCUCUAUGUUUGUAUGUUUUGUGGUCGGGGAAACAAUGAGGACAAAUUGCUUUUGUGUGACGGAUGUGAUGAUAGCUAUCAUACGUUUUGUCUACUUCCACCACUACCUGACGUGCCCAAGGGAGACUGGAGGUGUCCUAAAUGUGUUGCUGAGGAAUGUAACAAACCUCGAGAAGCCUUUGGAUUUGAGCAAGCUAUAAGAGAAUAUACACUUCAAAGCUUUGGCGAGAUGGCAGAUAAUUUUAAAUCUGAUUAUUUCAAUAUGCCAGUCCAUAUGGUUCCUACAGAACUAGUAGAAAAGGAAUUCUGGAGGCUAGUAAGUAGUAUUGAAGAAGAUGUUAUUGUAGAGUAUGGAGCUGAUAUUUCUUCAAAAGAUUUUGGAAGUGGAUUUCCUGUAAAAGAUGGUCAGAGAAAAAUGUUGCCAGAAGAAGAGGAAUAUGCCCUUUCUGGUUGGAAUUUGAAUAACAUGCCUGUUCUGGAGCAGUCUGUUCUUGCACAUAUUAAUGUGGACAUUUCUGGUAUGAAGGUGCCAUGGCUGUAUGUGGGGAUGUGUUUUUCUUCUUUUUGCUGGCAUAUUGAAGAUCACUGGAGUUAUUCCAUUAACUACUUACAUUGGGGCGAGCCAAAGACAUGGUAUGGUGUGCCAUCUCAUGCUGCAGAACAACUGGAGGAGGUGAUGAGGGAGAUGGCCCCUGAGUUAUUUGAAUCACAGCCUGAUCUCCUACAUCAGUUAGUAACCAUCAUGAACCCAAACGUGCUCAUGGAGCAUGGUGUGCCUGUGUACAGGACUAAUCAGUGUGCUGGAGAGUUUGUUGUGACGUUUCCUCGUGCCUAUCACUCUGGAUUUAACCAGGGAUACAACUUUGCUGAAGCUGUGAACUUCUGUACUGCUGACUGGUUGCCCAUUGGACGUCAGUGUGUAAAUCACUACCGACGGCUGAGGCGCCAUUGUGUCUUUUCACACGAGGAACUCAUUUUCAAGAUGGCAGCUGAUCCAGAAUGCUUAGAUGUAGGGCUGGCUGCCAUGGUUUGCAAAGAGUUGACUCUCAUGACUGAAGAAGAAACAAAAUUAAGGGAAUCAGUUGUACAAAUGGGUGUGGUGAUGUCAGAAGAAGAGGUUUUUGAACUUGUUCCUGAUGAUGAGCGACAGUGUUCAGCAUGCAGAACCACAUGUUUUCUCUCAGCUCUCACCUGCUCCUGUAAUCCAGAGAGACUUGUAUGUCUGUACCAUCCAGCUGAUUUGUGUUCCUGUCCCAUGCAGAACAAAUGUCUUAGGUACCGCUAUCCACUAGAAGACCUCCCUUCUCUACUUUAUGGUGUAAAAGUGAGGGCACAGUCCUAUGACACUUGGGUCAAUCGUGUUACAGAAGCAUUAUCAGCUAGCUUCAACCAUAAGAAAGAUUUGAUUGAAUUGAAAGUAAUGCUGGAAGAUGCUGAGGACAGGAAAUACCCAGAGAAUGAUCUCUUUCGAAAGCUCAGGGAUGCAGUGAAAGAAGCUGAGACCUGUGGUUCUGUGGCUCAGUUGCUUCUGAGCAAAAAGCAAAAACACAGGCAGAGCUCAGAUAGUGGGAAGACUCGGACCAAACUGACAGUAGAAGAAUUGAAGGCCUUUGUCCAGCAACUUUUUAGUCUUCCGUGUGUCAUCAGCCAAACUCGACAAGUAAAGAAUUUGCUGGAUGAUGUAGAAGAAUUUCAUGAACGUGCCCAGGAGGCCAUGAUGGAUGAAACCCCAGAUUCUUCCAAACUCCAGAUGUUGAUAGACAUGGGCUCUAGUCUCUAUGUAGAACUACCUGAAUUGCCUCGACUAAAGCAAGAGCUACAGCAGGCUCGGUGGCUGGAUGAAGUAAGACUAACCUUGUCAGAUCCACAGCAAGUCACUUUGGAUGUCAUGAAGAAACUGAUUGACUCUGGGGUAGGAUUGGCACCUCACCAUGCUGUGGAAAAAGCAAUGGCUGAACUGCAGGAGCUCCUCACAGUCUCUGAACGAUGGGAAGAGAAGGCUAAGGUCUGCCUACAAGCAAGACCUCGACACAGUAUGGCAAAUUUAGAAAAUAUUGUGAAUGAAGCCAAGAACAUUCCAGCCUUUCUACCCAAUGUGUUGUCCUUAAAAGAAGCCUUACAAAAGGCUCGUGAAUGGACAGCUAAAGUGGAAGCUAUUCAGAGUGGCAGCAACUAUGCUUACUUAGAGCAGCUUGAGAACUUGUCUGCUAAAGGACGCCCUAUCCCUGUGCGUCUUGAUGCUUUGCCUCAAGUGGAGUCACAGGUGGCAGCAGCACGGGCCUGGAGAGAACGGACUGGGCGAACCUUCCUUAAGAAGAAUUCUAGCCAUACAUUGUUACAGGUGCUAAGUCCCCGAACUGACAUUGGUGUAUAUGGGAGUGGUAAAAACAGGAGGAAAAAAGCAAAAGAAAUAAUAGAAAAAGAAAAGGAGAAGGACCUAGACCUUGAGCCUUUGAGUGACUUAGAGGAAGGAUUGGAGGAGACCAGAGAUACAGCCAUGGUGGUGGCAGUUUUCAAAGAACGAGAGCAAAAAGAGAUUGAGGCCAUGCAUUCCCUCAGAGCAGCCAACCUAGCCAAGAUGACAAUUGUGGACCGCAUAGAAGAAGUAAAAUUUUGUAUUUGCCGGAAGACAGCCAGUGGGUUUAUGCUACAGUGUGAACUCUGCAAAGACUGGUUCCAUAAUAGUUGUGUUCCCCUUCCUAAAUCAAGUUCCCAGAAAAAGGGAUCCAGCUGGCAGGCUAAAGAUGUAAAAUUCCUUUGCCCUCUUUGCAUGAGAUCGCGAAGGCCCAGGCUAGAGACUAUUCUGUCAUUGCUGGUAUCCCUUCAGAAGUUGCCUGUACGGUUGCCUGAAGGAGAGGCACUUCAGUGUUUGACAGAACGUGCCAUGAGUUGGCAAGAUAGAGCACGGCAAGCUUUAGCCACAGAUGAACUGUCCUCUGCCCUGGCCAAACUCUCUGUGUUAAGUCAACGUAUGGUGGAACAAGCAGCUCGAGAAAAAACUGAAAAGAUUAUCAGUGCAGAACUCCAAAAAGCAGCUGCUAAUCCAGACUUACAGGGACAUUUACCUAGUUUCCAGCAAUCUGCUUUCAACCGGGUGGCAAGCAGUGUGUCAUCUUCUCCCCGCCAAACACUGGACUAUGAUGACGAGGAAACAGAUUCUGAUGAAGAUAUUCGAGAGACAUAUGGCUAUGACAUGAAGGAUACAGCCAGUGUGAAGUCCUCCAGUAGUCUAGAACCCAAUCUCUUUUGUGAUGAAGAAAUUCCCAUCAAGUCUGAGGAAGUAGUGACUCACAUGUGGACGGCACCUUCAUUCUGUGCAGAGCAUGCAUAUUCUUCUGCUUCUAAGAGUUGUUCUCAAGGUUCUAGCACACCAAGAAAGCAGCCUCGGAAGAGCCCUUUGGUUCCCCGAAGUUUGGAGCCUCCAGUAUUGGAGCUGUCUCCUGGAGCAAAAGCCCAGUUGGAAGAACUCAUGAUGGUUGGAGACCUCCUAGAAGUGUCUCUGGAUGAAACACAACACAUAUGGCGGAUUCUGCAGGCCACACAUCCACCCUCAGAGGACAGAUUCUUACAUAUCAUGGAGGAUGAUAGCAUGGAAGAGAAACCACUAAAAAUGAAGGGAAAGGAUUCUUCAGAGAAGAAACGGAAACGGAAACUAGAGAAGGUGGAACAGUUUUUUGGAGAAGGAAAACAGAAAACCAAGGAGCUAAAGAAAAUAGAUAAACCUAAAAAGAAGAAAUUAAAAUUAAAUGUGGAGAAAUCAAAAGAGCUGAAUAAAUUGGCCAAGAAGCUAGCAAAAGAAGAAGAGAGAAAGAAAAAGAAAGAAAAGGCUGCUGCAGCCAAAGUUGAGCCUGUGAAAGAGAGUACUGAGAAGAAAAGAGAGAAAAAAGUGCUGGAUAUCCCCUCAAAGUAUGACUGGUCAGGAGCAGAGGAAUCCGAUGAUGAGAAUGCCGUGUGCGCAGCACAGAACUGCCAAAGGCCGUGUAAGGACAAGGUAGACUGGGUGCAAUGUGAUGGUGGCUGUGAUGAGUGGUUUCAUCAAGUUUGUGUUGGUGUAUCACCAGAAAUGGCUGAAAAUGAAGAUUACAUCUGUAUAAACUGUGCAAAGAAGCAGGGGCCAGAUAGCCCAGGCCAAGCACCACCUCCUCCCUUCAUAAUGAGCUACAAACUACCAAUGGAGGAUCUUAAAGAGACCAGUUAGCAGAUGCUUGGUUAGCUUGCAACAUGGGGGAAAGUGAACUACAUUGAGACCUUACUCAUCAAGCAGAGUGGUUCUGACCACUCGGAAUGUUGUUUCCAAAGAUGAAUGGACUUCAGAGAAAGUCCUCCUCUGGCUUCCUCUGUGCAUGGAUUGUGUGGGCUACAUUCUCAAUCAUCUGUGCAGAGGAUGUCUUCUUUGGUACAGCAGCCAGUAUUUCAGCUCUUGACUCCUUUGAGUAUGGGUUGCUGCAUUAAGGCCAGGUUCUUGAUGGAACUCUUGGAAGGCUGUUUGGCAUUAACACCUUGAUAUGCUUGUUGGGCAUAUAAGAUGUGGCUUGUGACCAAUUGAAACUAGUUGUAGAAGGUUACAACCUAGAGGUGGUUCCCUGAUUGUCAUAAUUACUGGCAUUUAUGCUCUGCUAAUCCAGUUAGGAAGAGCAGGCCCAGGUUAUCCCUUUUAGAAGUCUCGGGGUGGCAGUGCAGUCUGUAGACGUCAGCUGCUUGUGCUUAUUAUACCAGUAAGAAAUUCCUCCAAAAGAGCCCCUCACUUUCCUCAGGAGGAUGUCAGCAGGCUAGAAAAUCUGCCUAUACUGGAUUCUAGGAAGAAGGUUUUUUCAUAUUUCAAGGCAAGUAGCCCAUUGGUUUGAGAAGUUUGACUGGGUCUGUUUUAGAGGAGAGGUACAUGGAUCCAGGUUCCUGGAAGGAGUAGGGAUGACUAAUGAGAACCUUUUACUGAGCCUCAGUGAUGCAUGCUUAUCUGGGAAACCCUCAUUCACAAGUAUUCCAGACUCCACCAUGCUUCAGGCAUGGCCAUAAGCAAGACUGGCAAAUAACAGCUUUUGCCUUGCAGCCCUAACCCUAAUGCCUGUAGUUUCCAACAUGGCCCCAGAAGAUGUUAAUAACACCAUGGCUUCAUCAGAGGAUGUGGGGUUAUAGAUCUUCUGGGUGUGAAGCUGUUUUAGUAAAUCCGUUUUUAAAAAGAAAGAAAGACUUGUUUUUACUUUUUUCUAAAUGUCUCUGACUACUGACUGUUCUAUAGAUUAUUUUUCCUUUUUUAAUAUACAUAUAUGAAUAUAGAUAUAUAUAUAUAUAUAUUUACUGUUACCAGCAGCGUAUGACAAAGUUUGAGCAUCAAAAAUCCACUUGGGAGCUUGCAUUCUCUUUCUGCUUUUUGAUAAAGAAAUCCCAUUCCUUCCUUGUAGUACAAGGAGUUAGCACUCCCUUCUCCAUUUUCACCUCAACAUAUCUUCCACUUUUCUUGUAUUCAAAUAGAUAAUAUAUUUCCUCCGUGUUGGGACUUGUCCCUGUCUGUUGGGCAGCUUGGUCUUACCUAGUCAGUGCUGAAUGUUUUGUAUGUUUGAAACUAUGGUGCUGUGUCCUCUCCCCUGUUGUGUUCUGUGUUCUUAUAAAGGUGUUAGGUGUACUCUGUAAACUCCUACUAGAAGAGGACUAAUAUAUUUUAAAGGACAAAAAAUGUUUUCUAAAAAUAUUUAUCUUCACUAUCCUGUGUUCUUUAUUUUGGUUUAAAAAUCUGAAGUUUGACUUAAACUCAUCAGUUGUCUUUUUAAAGGGGGCAUUGAGCAAACCUAGAAAGUUUCUAGUCUCUGCUCCCCUUUGCCCCAGUCUCUUAAGGAAAUGUCUUCUAGUAACUAGAAGUGAGAUGUACUGUCCAGUUACAGACUGUGUGGGUAUGAGGGUUACCUCAAAAGGCAUCUUAAGGGAAAAGGUCUUCUUACAAAACGCCUUCUCCCAAGUGCUAACCAGGCUUGACCCUGCUUAGCAUCCGAGGUCAGAUGAGACAUACACAUGCAGGUGGUACGGCUGUAGGUACAACAUCCAGUUUCUGGUUUAUACUACCUACUUUUUGGUCUCUUCGCUUAUUAGAUAACAUUUGAAUAUCUUAACCAGUUAUGUGGUUUGAAUGUGUGCUGUGUUUGUGUCUUGAAUUUCCAUCUCCAUGUAGGUGUAAGUAGCGGUUACAUGUUAAUUAAGUAAUUAGUUAAUUUUGCACAUUUUUAUUUGGCCAAACUAUGAAGAUUAUCACUUAAGAAUUUUAUUUGGUUGUUGUUAUAAUGAAAAAAAAAGCACAAUUUUUUUUUAACAUUUUUGUCUUUGUAAAAGACUUGAAAUACUUGUGGUUUAAAAAUUGAGUGUUCUCCCACCCUUCAGAAAUUUAAAAUGUAAGUGAUGGAAUUCCAGAAUGCACUUAAAUAAUUUGAUUUUCCUUCCAAUAUCAACAGAACAGGGUCAUGAGGAUGCUGAAAGGUGACUGUUUGGGGAAUGAUUUGUGUACCUUGUACAAUGUUUGUCCAUUGGAGACCUCAGAAAUAGGCAGUCUGUACCUGUGACCAGCUGCCUGUCAUCUUCUAAUAUUUUGAAACUUUUAAAUAUAUAAUUUAAUUGAUUCAUAGACUCUUUCUGUACUUAUUGAGGAAUUUGGUUUGUCUUAACCAUAGAUUUAUACCAAAACUCAAAAGAACACAAGAGAGGGGCUAGAAAAAUGUCUCAACAGUUAAAAACACUGGCUGCUCUUCCAGAAGACCCAGGUUCAAAUCUCAACACUACAUGGUGGCCCACAACCAUCAGCAGCUCUAGUUCUAGGGCAUCCUAUCCUCUUCUGGCCUCCAAGAGCACUGCACAUUUGUGGUGCAUAGAAAUAUAUCAAGAAAAUAGACACAUAAACUAGAAGUAAUUAAGAUAUAGAAAAACAAUUCUUCUAAGGAUAUAAGAGAAAAAAGUAGCACUCUACCCACAAAUUAAAAAAAAAACCUAUAGUUUGUGUGUUAAUGAAAUAAGAGUCAUCUAUUUAAGGAAAAGUAGAUGUUCUAAUGUAAAACAUUGUUUCAUGAAAAUUACAACUAACUCCAUUCUUCUGUAUUGUUUACAUUUUGUAUUAAAACUUGAUUUAUGUUUUUCUGUCUCCUCAGAGUUGCAGUUCUUCUUUACUAAUGUUUUAACUUAAGCUUACUUAAGCAUUUGAUAUUUUUUAAAACUUUUUGCACUGCCUUUAUUAAGAUAUUUUGACAAGUCAAAUGAAUGCAAAAAGUUGAAAUCUGCAGAGUGUGGUGGUAUACACACUAAUCCCAGUACUUGGGAGGCAGAGGCAGGAGUUCAAGGCCAUCCUUGUCUACACAGCAAGUUCCACACUAGCCAGGGCUACAUAGUAAGACCCUGUCUCAAAAAAUAGUAGUAGUAGUAGCAGCAGCAGCAGCAAGUCAUUAGAACUCUAUCCAGUCCCCACAUUCAGAAGUACAAGGUAGCAAUAGUUACUAGUCCCUAGUUAGGGGAAGAGGCGUCGUCAUCCUCUCACAAAUGUUAUUUCAUCUUUGGUGUUCCUGCAGAAGCCAUGUGGAGAUGGAGAGGUGUGGCUCCCUCAGUAAGCUGCUGUAAACCAGCAUGUUCUGUCUGACUCUUGACUUGUCCUCAGUGAGAUAUGAAUUACUGCAUGCCACACUUCAAAGAGCUGGAAGGCAAACAUUAAAUCUGUGAUUGCCCAUGAUACAGCUAGAUCCUUUAGUUAGCUUUUCUUCCAUCACUGCUUUUGUCCUCAAGGGUCCACAAAAUGUCAAUUUUUUUUAGUUUGCUGGAUGCAGUUCGUGUAAAGAAACUGCUUGUCAGCUGGGUAUGAUGGCACACACCUUUAAUCCUGGCACUGGGAGACAGGCAGGCUGUUUUAAUAGUGUGUUCCAGGUCAGCCAGAGCUGCAUAAUAGGGAGAAACUGUCUCGAAAGUAAGAAAAACUGUUAGUGAUUUAAUUCUGUAGUAUGUUUAUGUGUCAGCCAGUAAAGUAUUUUGAAAAGGGGAAGUUAAAUCCACCUUUCAAAAAGUUAGGACAGUCAGUCUACUUGCAAGAGAAAGCAACAAUUUGAGGUGAAUUUUGAAAAUUGUGGAAAUUUUAAACUGUUGAUACCCAAUAUAACCCUAAGACCAAGUCCAAUAAAGUUUCACAUGUGAAUUAUC